UCAGGAGGGGAAGCAGCAGCUGCGGUUUGGUUUGGGUGAGCAGACCCUGAAAACUCCAUCUGAGCUUUUACUGACGUGGCACAUCGUUGUGUGCACCAGAGAAGGGGACAGAGGGCUGCUCCAGCUCACAGCAUCCCGGGAAAACCUUCCCAGCAGGAAUCCCUGCUGCUCUCAUUGCUGCUGAUGGGUUCAGGCAGCGCUGGCAGGAUCAGGGGCCGUGCGAGCGCCGGGGCUGGCAGCAGCAGCAUGCGUGCGGCCACCGAGGCUCAGGUGGCAACCUGAGGCGACAACCACCUAAGGGGCCCCGCCGGAGCCUCCUCCUCCUCCUCAGCUGCCCCCGCAGCCCCCGGCUGAAACUUCCCUCUCCCGCACGGUCCGGGCUUCUCCGGGGGGGGCUCGGCAGCGACAGCCGCAUGCAUGACACUCCGCAAAGGAGAGAAAAUGACCAUAAGUAUCCAGGAGCACAUGGCCAUUGACGUCUGCCCCGGCCCCAUCAAACCCAUCAAGCAGAUCUCCGACUACUUCCCCCGCUUCCCCCGCGGGCUCCCCGCCGCCGUCGGCCGCAGCAGCAGCAGCGCCCUGCGCCCCGCGCUCAGCCAGCCCUCGGUCAGCCCCGCCGAGCCUCCCCGCGACGAUGAGGAGGAUGUGGACCAGCUCUUCGGAGCCCACGGAACGACGGAGCAGCCGGCCAAGAGCCAAGCGCCCGAGGAGCUGGUGGACCCCGAGGGCUACGAGUCCGACGAUUGCACCACGCUGGGGACGCUGGAUUUCAGUUUGCUCUACGAUCAGGAGAACAACGCUCUGCACUGCACCAUCAACAAAGCCAAGCUGCCAAAACUUGACUACAGAAAGGGCCUGAAGCCAAUGGACCACAAUGGUUUGGCUGAUCCUUAUGUCAAGCUGCACUUGCUCCCCGGAGCCAGUAAGGCAAACAAGCUGAGAACCAAAACUCUGCGGAACACGCUGAACCCCACGUGGAACGAGACCCUCACCUACUACGGCAUCACCGACGAGGACAUGAUCCGCAAGACGCUGCGGAUCUCGGUGUGUGACGAGGACAAGUUCCGCCACAACGAGUUCAUCGGCGAGACGCGCAUCCCGCUGAAGAAACUGAAACCCAACCAGACCAAAAACUUCAACAUCUGCCUGGAGAAGCAGCUGCCGAUAGAUAAAACAGAGGACAAGUCGCUGGAGGAGCGUGGCAGGAUCCUCAUCUCCCUCAAGUACAGCUCGCAGAAGCAGGGGCUGCAGGUGGGCAUCCUGCGCUGUGCCCACCUGGCUGCCAUGGAUGCCAACGGCUACUCCGACCCCUACGUCAAAAUUUACUUGAAACCAGAUGAGGACAAGAAAUCCAAGCACAAGACAGCAGUGAAGAAGAAAACGCUGAACCCCGAGUUCAAUGAGGAGUUUUUCUAUGAGAUAAAGCACGGUGACCUGGCAAAGAAGACCCUGGAAGUCACUGUGUGGGACUAUGACAUCGGGAAAUCCAACGAUUUCAUAGGCGGAGUCGUGUUAGGAAUCAAUGCCAAAGGGGAGCGGCUCAAGCACUGGUUCGACUGCCUGAAGAACAAGGACAAGAAAAUCGAGCGCUGGCACACGCUGACCAACGAGCUGCCGGGCGCCGUCCUCAGCGACUGAGCCCCGCGGGGCCGCAGCUCCACAACCUCGGGCUCCUCCCAGCUUUGGAAUCGGGGGGAUCCCGGGACAGCCAGGACAGCAGGACACCCCCCAGCAGGGCCUGGCUGCAGGGAAGCCCUUUGCAGGGAAGAAGGCACAGGUGGUUUGCUCUGGCUUUUCCAGAACGCCUCUUGGCGCCCUGCCGCACUCACAGCCCCGCUCUGGAGCGUGCACACGCACACUCACACUCACACUCACACUCACGCAGGUGUGCACCCCUGCAUGCACUGCAGUCUGGCUCCUCUCCCAAGUCCUGCCUCUACUCAGUUACCUUCUCGCUGCCUUGCAAGUCAGUGGCAAAAA